GUUUUUCGAUGUGUGGGGUUAUUCUUGAUUCGGUUAGGUUCUUGUUAUGCUGAGAUUGAAGGCUAAGUUGUGGAUUUGGUGUUGUGUAAUUUGCGCGGUAGCGUAAAUGUUCACGAGAAUUCAUCGAUCCUUCGCGAUCGUGUGCUGGCUUCGUCAGGGUUUCUGGGAUUGUAGACGGUGAAUCUAUGGAAAUGCACUAAUUUCUCUGCUUCUGUACCGCUUUUGGUACUCGGAUGUUGCGCGCCUGGCUGAGAUCGGUGAUAAAGGAACAUUGGGCUGCGCGUGAUUCUGCUCCAAUCUCAUCGAUACUCAAUACAUCUAUUGCAAUUUCUCAUAUUGCUCUGUCUUUUUAGAUGUUUUCUAAAGUAUUGAGUUUGCUAGCCACCUAAUGUAUCGACGACUUAGUUAUUCAGGAGAAGAUGUCUCGUCUUUGUUGGUGGGAUCUGCUUUUUACUCUUCUCUAGCUCUGUGCUUUUAGAGUUCUUUAUGGAACCAUAUUGACUUGCAUGAAAUUGUCAUGUUACUUAGUCUCUCUCUUUUCUUUUUUGGUUGGAUGUAGCUUGAUGUUUAACUUCGGGAACUUGGAGCUAGUAUAGACUUGCCUGGUAUUUGUUGUGUGGUGUGAUUUUUCUACUUCUGCAGGACGUGGUAACAAGCAUAGAGUGUCUCUCCUAUGUUGCAGGUGCUCGGAGGUGAAAACGUUGGCCCCUAGGAGGCUUAAAAUCAACUUGUUCCUAUACAGAUCUGUCAAAUUAUGGACGAAAAGCUUUUAGCUAACGGAGGAGACAAGCCAAAAGGCCGCUAUACCCUUACUAAUGACGUGGGAGAUCACCAGUUGGGAAUGUAUGAUAAACCUCUUCCCUAUUUUGGCUGGGGAAUUGGAUGGUUUUGUCUCCUUGUUGGAUUUAUUUUUCCUGUUAUGUGGUACUUUGCAACGAUACUUUACUUCUGCAACUACUACCAAAGAGAUCCAAGGGAGCGGGCUGGACUCGCUGCUUCGGCAAUAGCUGCACUGAUAUGUACAGUUGCUGUGACGAUUGCUCUUGCUGUAAUAUUGUUGUAGCCCAAGAGUUCAAAACUUUACAUCACCUUGUUCUUCUCCAGUUUCUUGCGGAUUGCAUUGUACAUAAUGGGCUGCAACUUGGGUUACUGCGGCAGAAGUCGGAGCAACUUAAAGAUGGUCACAAGUCCCAUCUCUCUGUAGACGUGUGCAUAGUAGGAGUUCUGCAAUAUGUAGCACCAUUAAGGACUCCUUUCUUUUGGGGGGAAAUCGGGAAGAAGCCGAGGCCAUGUAUGUUGUAAAGAAUGUACUCUAUAGGAUUGAAAAGUUCUCGCAUCUUGAAGCAACUUAAAUUUCUCCCUCAUGAAAAUGGGCUCAAGAUCGCUGUUUUUUGUGCUUGUGGUUGAGAGAAUGCAAAUGCAACCUCACCACUAUUAACUCUCAAGUGUGGUAUAUUCGCAGUCAUAUAUAUGCAAGAAAAAUUCCUAAA